GUAAUUUUUAGGAUUAAUUGUUAAGGUCGUUGGUGGAAGUGUUACAAACACAUUGUACGUUACCGUGAUAGAAUUUACUAUAUUCAUGAAGAAUGCGUGAAAUGGAAAAAGAUGGUGAAUUACAAGGCGUCAAAUGUCUCUGGUCUACUCUUCUUCAUGAAGUCACUGACAAAGCAUCAGCUGGUCUUUCAUCUUCAAAAAACUUGGUUGUUUUGGGGGACGAAAAGUGUGGAAAAUCAACACUGAUCUCUCGACUUCAAGGAUCAGAAGAUAUGAAGGAAGGAUUUGGACUGGAAUAUCUUCUUAUAGAUAUAAAAGAUGAAGCAAGGGAUGCCAUCACUAACCUUAGUGUGUGUAUUAUGGAUGGAAAUCCUGUUCAAAGUUAUCUGCUUAAAUAUGCUAUCACUGAGGACACCUUCGACGAUCAAAUGGCCGUGAUUGUCGUCAGCAUUAGAGAACCAUGGAAGAUGAUUGAAACUUUAGAGAAAUGGGCAGAUAUACUCGCAAAACACAUUGAUAAACUUAAACUCUCAGAGGACAAACUGAAGACGUGUAAAUCGAAAAUUCUAAAGGAAUUUUACAAUUAUCUGGAACCGGAGGCGCUUGCUAAUGCAGCCACCAAUCCUGUAAAAUUAGCUUCCUUUUCGUUUUCCAGUAUGUCUGAAACAUCAUUCGAAACGUCACCUGAAUCACCACCUGCACAUUACGCUAAUACAUAUCCAGAAGAAAUUCAUGAGCACAACGUAAUGAAUAACAAUCUCGGUGUACCACUCAUUGUUGUUGUGACAAAGACAGAUUUAAUGAAAACUAUGGUCAACGAGAAGGAAUAUACUGAAGAACAUUUUGAUUUUAUACAAAUGCAUGUACGCAGAUUUUGUCUUACGUACGGAGCGGCGUUAUUUUAUGUAUCAGUGAAAGAGGACCUAAACUGUGACCUACUAAAAAGUUAUAUUCAGCAUCGUCUUUACGGACUUCCCUUCAACCAUAGUCCAUAUGUAGUUGAAGGCAACUGUAUUUUCGUUCCGGCAGGCUGGGAUAAUCAUAAAAAAAUAAAUAUCUUGGGUGAAAACUUAACUACGAUUAAUCCAGAAAGCCCCUAUUCUGCAGUUAUACCAAGACCAAUACCGCGUAAAACAAAUAACAGAGAACCAGAGAUAGUCCCUGUAGAUGAACAGGCCUUUCUUCUUCGACUGUCAAUGAUUAAAGAUCAAGAGAAUAUAGAACCUGGUAUGCUAAAAGAUUUAUUAGGACCUAGUGGACCAGAUUCUUCUCUCCGACAAUCGGGAAAUACUUCAAAAAAUGUACCAGUUAUAAAACCUGCUGACGAUGGUAACCGGUUGCCAAACAGUCCAACUAACAUGUUUCGCCCUAAAGUUCCUCAGGGAAAUUCAUCGCUUAACCUACCAAACAGUGGUACUUCGGACGGUGUGCUUGCUGAUUUUUUCUCAAAGUUACUUAAAAAAAGACCAACUGCAGGUGGUACUGUUGGAGAUGCACCUACUUCUUCAGCUAGUGAACUUCAGCUAUCUAAAGCUGAAGAAGAAAAAGUGCAAAAAGAAACAAGAGAAGAAACAGUAGACGAGACAAAUAAUAAUACUCCAAAAAACAACGUGGAGGAUGAUACAAUAAAACAGACACAAGAAAAUCUAACAAAUGAACAAAUAAUAGAAAAGGAAAAAAAGGAAAAUCAACAAGAGCCCCAACACGAAAAAAACCAGAAUUACGAAGAAAACAAAGAAGAACUUAACACAAAUACAAACCAAGAAAACAGCGACGAAACAAAUAGUGUCAGAGAAAAUCAAACAACACAGAGACAAUUAGAAAGAAACGCAAGCAAAUACGAAGAAAAACCAGGAGAAAAUCCUGACAAGGACGUAACAGAGCGUGCACUCAAAUCACAGACGGACGACAUCCAGUUAACACGGAGUCCUGACGCACCAAUCAUUGCCUCCUCCGUGAAAUCAUCUCUCGGGAGCACACCAGACAUCAAUGUGGAAUCGAUGGCCACUGACGAGAUAUCUAGUCUCAUCUCCGAGAAAGCAGAGAAUUCGCCCACACAAUCCGAUUCCAUAGCUGACACCAAAAUCGAAGACAUCUCUAACAACAACACGACCGACAGUGGUCUCCAGUCUCAGAUGGACGACUUCCAGUUAACACGGAGUCCUGACGCACCAAUCAUUGCCUCCUCCGUGAAAUCAUCUCUCGGGAGCACACCAGACAUCAAUGUGGAAUCGAUGGCCACUGACGAGAUAUCUAGUCUCAUCUCCGAGAAAGCAGAGAAUUCGCCCACACAAUCCGAUUCCAUAGCUGACACCAAAAUCGAAGACAUCUCUAACAACAACACGACCGACAGUGGUCUCCAGUCUCAGAUGGACGACAUCCAGUUAACACGGAGUCCUGACGCACCAAUCAUUGCCUCCUCCGUGAAAUCAUCUCUCGGGAGCACACCAGACAUCAAUGUGGAAUCGAUGGCCACUGACGAGAUAUCUAGUCUCAUCUCCGAGAAAGCAGAGAAUUCGCCCACACAAUCCGAUUCCAUAGCUGACACCAAAAUCGAAGACAUCUCUAACAACAACACGACCGACAGUGGUCUCCAGUCUCAGAUGGACGACUUCCAGUUAACACGGAGUCCUGACGCACCAAUCAUUGCCUCCUCCGUGAAAUCAUCUCUCGGGAGCACACCAGACACCAAUGUGGAAUCGAUGGCCACUGACGAGAUAUCUAGUCUCAUCUCCGAGAAAGCAGAGAAUUCGCCCACACAAUCCGAUUCCAUAGCUGACACCAAAAUCGAAGACAUCUCUAACAACAACACGACCGACAGUGGUCUCCAGUCUCAGAUGGACGACAUCCAGUUAACACGGAGUCCUGACGCACCAAUCAUUGCCUCCUCCGUGAAAUCAUCUCUCGGGAGCACACCAGACAUCAAUGUGGAAUCGAUGGCCACUGACGAGAUAUCUAGUCUCAUCUCCGAGAAAGCAGAGAAUUCGCCCACACAAUCCGAUUCCAUAGCUGACACCAAAAUCGAAGACAUCUCUAACAACAACACGACCGACAGUGGUCUCCAGUCUCAGAUGGACGACUUCCAGUUAACACGGAGUCCUGACGCACCAAUCAUUGCCUCCUCCGUGAAAUCAUCUCUCGGGAGCACACCAGACAUCAAUGUGGAAUCGAUGGCCACUGACGAGAUAUCUAGUCUCAUCUCCGAGAAAGCAGAGAAUUCGCCCACACAAUCCGAUUCCAUAGCUGACACCAAAAUCGAAGACAUCUCUAACAACAACACGACCGACAGUGGUCUCCAGUCUCAGAUGGACGACUUCCAGUUAACACGGAGUCCUGACGCACCAAUCAUUGCCUCCUCCGUGAAAUCAUCUCUCGGGAGCACACCAGACAUCAAUGUGGAAUCGAUGGCCACUGACGAGAUAUCUAGUCUCAUCUCCGAGAAAGCAGAGAAUUCGCCCACACAAUCCGAUUCCAUAGCUGACACCAAAAUCGAAGACAUCUCUAACAACAACACGACCGACAGUGGUCUCCAGUCUCAGAUGGACGACAUCCAGUUAACACGGAGUCCUGACGCACCAAUCAUUGCCUCCUCCGUGAAAUCAUCUCUCGGGAGCACACCAGACACCAAUGUGGAAUCGAUGGCCACUGACGAGAUAUCUAGUCUCAUCUCCGAGAAAGCAGAGAAUUCGCCCACACAAUCCGAUUCCAUAGCUGACACCAAAAUCGAAGACAUCUCUAACAACAACACGACCGACAGUGGUCUCCAGUCUCAGAUGGACGACAUCCAGUUAACACGGAGUCCUGACGCACCAAUCAUUGCCUCCUCCGUGAAAUCAUCUCUCGGGAGCACACCAGACAUCAAUGUGGAAUCGAUGGCCACUGACGAGAUAUCUAGUCUCAUCUCCGAGAAAGCAGAGAAUUCGCCCACACAAUCCGAUUCCAUAGCUGACACCAAAAUCGAAGACAUCUCUAACAACAACACGACCGACAGUGGUCUCCAGUCUCAGAUGGACGACUUCCAGUUAACACGGAGUCCUGACGCACCAAUCAUUGCCUCCUCCGUGAAAUCAUCUCUCGGGAGCACACCAGACAUCAAUGUGGAAUCGAUGGCCACUGACGAGAUAUCUAGUCUCAUCUCCGAGAAAGCAGAGAAUUCGCCCACACAAUCCGAUUCCAUAGCUGACACCAAAAUCGAAGACAUCUCUAACAACAACACGACCGACAGUGGUCUCCAGUCUCAGAUGGACGACUUCCAGUUAACACGGAGUCCUGACGCACCAAUCAUUGCCUCCUCCGUGAAAUCAUCUCUCGGGAGCACACCAGACAUCAAUGUGGAAUCGAUGGCCACUGACGAGAUAUCUAGUCUCAUCUCCGAGAAAGCAGAGAAUUCGCCCACACAAUCCGAUUCCAUAGCUGACAUCAAAGUCGAAGACACCUCUAACAACAACACGACCGACAGUGGUCUCCAGUCUCAGAUGGACGACAUCCAGUUAACACGGAGUCCUGACGCACCAAUCAUUGCCUCCUCCGUGAAAUCAUCUCUCGGGAGCACACCAGACAUCAAUGUGGAAUCGAUGGCCACUGACGAGAUAUCUAGUCUCAUCUCCGAGAAAGCAGAGAAUUCGCCCACACAAUCCGAUUCCAUAGCUGACACCAAAAUCGAAGACAUCUCUAACAACAACACGACCGACAGUGGUCUCCAGUCUCAGAUGGACGACAUCCAGUUAACACGGAGUCCUGACGCACCAAUCAUUGCCUCCUCCGUGAAAUCAUCUCUCGGGAGCACACCAGACGUUAAUGUGGAGUCGACGAGCGCUGUUGAAACAUCAGGUCUGAUUCCUUGCAGUUUGGAGGAUGUUUCUUCGGUGUCGGGUCGCUUGGAUGCUGGUGGUCCUAACUCUGGUUUUGGUUCUCGAUUUUCGAAUGUUAAUUCUGUUCUGGGUUCGACAGUUUUGAGUAAGAAAUCGUCUGUUGCCUCGCGUUCUCCUACUCGUUCUAUUCGUGGUACCUCUUCAACUAGUAAUCUUUCUAUGUCUUCUGGUUUGAGGGCUUCUAAUUCUUCGCUUGCGAGUAAAAGUUUUUCAAAACUGCCGCAGAGUCAAAUGAACGCUUCCUCUUUGGCUGGUACGCGAUCUUCAUUUAAGGGGUCCAUGGACGUUCUGCGCGUUGAACCUCAUUCGAUCUCACCAACACAGAAAUUUAGUUCUUCGCCAUCAAGUCCUAAUUUGUCACACAGGCUUGCACCGAACCAGCGAACUCUGACAACGUCGUCAAAAUUGCCAAUAAAAUCUGGCUUAUCUUCUGCUCACUCAAACUCUUCUAUAAGUACCAAGUCAAAAUUAACGACGGCUGCUUCAAUAAAUGCUAAUACAUCAUCACCCAAUAUAAGCUGAAAAUCAUCCUAUGAAGGGAGAUACAAGAAAAUGAUAAGGAUUAUUUAUACUAUUACAGAAUUUCUAUAGAUAACUUAAUAUUAUACAAAUUUUUAAAUGAUAUUUUGCUUAAUGAUUAUUUCACAUCCUAUUUUUGAGUAGUGAAACGACAGGCAGUUCAACACUCUAUAGCUUUCUAAAUAAUGUUUGAAUUUGUUUAAUGUAUAAUAUUUUCUGCCUACUUUUUUGGAAAACUAAUAAGAGUAAUUAAUUCGUAAUAU